GAGGAGUGUUACAAGCACACGAUCAAAAGUGCAGUUGCAGAGAGCUUGGACAGGAGAGAUGAGAGAGUGUGGCGACGGUUCAGGUCGUAUGUAAGCUUCAGGUCUGAAAGAGAGGAGUGUUGCAAAGCACACGAUCGAAAGUGCAGCUGUAGCGAGCUUGGACAGGAGAGAUGAGAAGAAUUACAAGUUGGGUAUAAAAAGAUCACAAGACUCAGCUUGGAGCACCCUAGCGGUGGGGCCGCAUGGGGGGGCGAUACCUAGCUGGAGCUCAGCUUCCGCUGCAGCUGGUGGCAAUGUGUCGAUGGCUAUCGCUUGCCGGAAAGUGGUGCAUCACGUGCAAUUCGACAUCAAGAAGACUCGAAGGGAGCGAUCUGACGAAAGGAAACUCUCCAACGAGCACGGCAGGCCUCUCGAAAGCCAAACUCUUCAGACUGAAGUAUGCUGCGACGAAUGUAUUUUGCCCGAGGUGAAGCCCAGGCUCUAAGCCCUACGGUAUCGCACUCGCCGCUUCAUUCAUCAUGAGUUGUGCAUCCAAAUCGUAGAGAAUAGAGGGCGGAGAACAUGAAGAAUACAG